UAAGCCAACACCUUGCCCCCGAGAGCCGUGCUUUCAGCAGUGCCCUUUUAUCCUACCGCCACCUCGACGAGCCCUCAACAUGGCCGUACCAUUCCCGAGGUUUAAGGUUAUGCUGCACACUCACUUGGACGGCCACAUACGCCACACGACAAUCAUGGAGUACGCAAGGAAGAAAAAGAUUGAUCUUGGCUACGCCAACCUUCAAGACUGCCUGAGGAAAACAAGGCCGUCCAAACCCAGCACACUGCAGAACUACCUGAAGGAGAUGCCAAACUACCUGAGAGUCAUCGUUGGUGACCGGGAUGCCCUGACGCGCAUAGCGUACGAGGCUGCCGUAGACCAGGCCAACUGCGGCGUCAUCUACAGCGAGAUGCGCCUGUUCGCCCAAAUGAUGAGCAGCAGCAUGUCGAGCCUGCCCAAGGGUUCGGGACCCAUGACGCUCAACACGACUCGGGAAGUGGUCGACGCCACGCUGGCGGGAUUCAUGAAGGCCGAGCAGGAGUGCGGCAUCAAGACGCGCCUCGUGCUCGCCUGCUUCAGGGACAAACCAGAGUGGGCUGACGAGGUCGUGACUUUAUGCCAGGAGUACAAGGGCAAAGGCGUUGUCGGCAUGGACGUGUGUGGAGUGUUCGCGCCGAAGCAGACCGCGAAGGAAGGCGAGGAGAUCCUUCACCCGCAGGUCAUCGCCGCGUUCAAGAAAGCGGCCACCCUGGGUGUGCACCGCACGGCUCACGCCGGUGAAGCCGGACCUCCGAGCAACAUCGCGCGCGCUGUCACGGAGUUGGGCACCGAGCGCAUCGGGCACGGCUACGCCGCCAUGCGCGAAGGCGGCGACGCCUUCAAGCUGGCUAUAUCCAAGAAGAUCCACUUUGAAGUGUGCCCAAACAGCAGCUACCUGACCGGAGCCGUGAAACCAUCCGAGGAGCACCCUAUGAUGGCUUGCAAGAAGCAAAACGCCAGUUUCUCGAUGAGCACCGAUGACCCGACCAUCACGCACACGAACAUUGACGACGAGUUCUGGCUGGCACUGAGACUCGGGCUCACGCCCCAGGACAUCAUUAAGACGAAUCACGACGCCAUCGACAACUGCUUCCUGCCCCCGGAAGAAAAGAAGGCGCUGCGCAAGUGGUUCGAUCAGCUUAACGGUCUCGCGUAAGAUGUCGCUACCACGCGCAGCCAAGCACACGAUCUUGAAGAAUU